GCGAAAGGGGCCGUGCACGUGCAGUUCGGGAGGAUGGGCCGCCAUGGAUGUCUUCCAAAUCGACCAAACUCUGAGUGCGAAUCUCGGUAGUGCUCCGCCACCGGAAAAACUCAACGCUGAAGUCUCGUUCGAUGCCGGCUCUGAGUUCAACCUUAGUUUUUUCGACGGUCCCGAGGAUACCCAAGGCUUCAGCGACCCGGGUUCUGUUGGUUCGACCUCCGUGUCAUCCCCUCCCCCACCACCGGCGCGGCUGCCAUCCCCCAAGCUUCUUCCGCAGACUUCAGUAUCUGUCAAACAAGAACAACACUACGCGGCGGCAGACUCCAACAGCUCCACCCCGGCCAAGUCGUUUGUUCCGUGCAAGGUCUGCGGGGACAAGGCGAGCGGCUACCAUUACGGGGUCACGUCCUGCGAGGGAUGCAAGGGUUUCUUCAGGAGAAGUAUUCAAAAACAGAUCGAGUACAGGUGUCUGCGAGACGGAAAGUGCCUGGUCAUCCGACUCAACCGCAACAGAUGCCAAUACUGCCGCUUCAAGAAAUGCCUUCAAGUCGGCAUGUCCAGAGAUUCUGUUCGGUAUGGGAGAGUGCCCAAGAGAUCUAGGCCUCAGUCUGAGGGAGGGGAGAAGGAAGACGCCCGAGUUUCUACAUCUGACUCGAGCGAACCUCUCCCGAUGCCUUCAACGCCGGAGAUGGACAGCAAAGGGGUUGCAUUGUACGAGAUCAUCCUGACCGUGGCUCAAGCGCAUCAAGCCAACUGUGAAUAUACGGAGGAGCAGACAAGAGGACUGCUGCGCAAACCCAUCUCAGCCAUUCCGCCGUCAGCCGUGGUGUCUAGUCCAGAGGUGGCAACCUCUACAGCCGAGAGUCUAGAACAACAGAGGGUAUGGCUGUGGCAGCAGCUAGCAUGUCAUGUCACCCCUAGUGUACAGAGGAUAGUGGAGUUCGCCAAAAGAGUUCCUGGUUUUUGUGAACUCAGUCAAGACGAUCAACUCAUUUUAAUCAAAGUUGGGUUCUUCGAGUUAUGGUUAGCUUGUAUAGCGAGGCUGGUUUCCGACUCAUCAUUAACGUUUGCUGACGGAACGUAUGUUACAAGGCAACAGAUGGAAAUUAUGUAUGAUAAUGAGUUUGUCUCGUCACUGUUUCACUUUGCAAGCUCGUUCAACACAAUGUCGCUGAACGAUACAGAGAUCGGUUUGUUCUCAGCGAUUGUUCUCCUGUCGGCCGAUCGACCGGGAGUGACCGAUGUGAAGGCCAUUGAACACUUCCAAGACCGUCUUGUGGAAGCGUUAAAAGUACAACUGGGGAGGAACCAUUCGGGGGAGUCUCAGCUGAUAUCCAACAUUCUCCUCAAGCUGCCGGAACUUCGCAAUCUCGGAGCGAAGCACUCGGCUCACCUGGACUGGUUCCGGACACACUGGGACCAGCUGCGGCUACCUCCGUUGUUUGCAGAGAUCUUCGACAUCCCCAAGUGUGAAGAAGAUCUACAGUGAAUUGAAACUCUGGAACUGGAUUCUUUCCUCUUUGCUCAACUAGGGCCAGCUUCUGGUGAUCUCAACGCAAUACUAACACAGGACAAAACAUAUCAUUACCAUAGGCCGCUCUCGGUUCCUUUGACAUCAACUAUCAUCUUGCUCUAUUGUAUAUUCUCCGCUCUUGUAAAUAACUCUGUUGAUCGAAUGUUAUUAUUUUGUUGUUGUUAUACGAUUUAUUAAUUUUAUUCUAUUUAUAUCUA